AUGGCAGCCUUCAUGGAUUUACACGUGAAAAAUACCGAUAAAGUGUCGCUGAAAGAAACACUUCGCCAAGCAGAAAGAUUGGGCUUUGAUGUUGUGGCCAUAAGCUGUUUUGUAGAGGAUUUACAAUCUGUUUCUAAAGGGAAGAAGAAGCAGAAAGAUAAUCAAUCAAAUAUUCCAUUGCCAGAGGAUUUAAUAUUAAAUGAGGAAGACAUGAAAAGUAUCAAUUGGACAAGGAAAGCACCUCGGCAGUUGUCCAGAAUCUCAACAAUUAUCAGCGACGCAUCACAAACACACAAACUGGCCCAAGAAAACGUCCAGAGAUUUGAUUUGGUGGCCGUUCAACCUACUUCAGAAAAAACGUUUCAUCUGGCUUGCUUGACACUUGAUAUAGACAUCAUUAUCAUCGACGUUACACAGAAACUACCAUACUUUAUCAAAAGACCUUCUGUGAAUACGGCCAUAGAGAGAGGGAUACAUUUCGAGAUCAAUUACAGUCCUGCUGUCAUGGAUACGAGUGCGAGGGUACAUAUGAUCAGCAACAUACAAUCAUUGGUCAGUGUGUGUAAAGGAAAGAAUCUGAUUUUAUCAAGUGGAUGUGAACAGGCUUCAUCCAUCCGAGGACCAUAUGAUGUUGCUAACUUAUCAAUGCUUUUCGGUAUGACACAAGCCCAAGGAAAAGCAGCAGUUUGUCGGAACUGUCGAGCGGUAUUAUUUCAUGCAGAGUCGAGGCGUUCUUGCAAAUCCACUAUGAGUGCCUUACAAAUAACCGAAGCGACAUUCAGACCAAAGCGUGGCCUUAUGGAGUGUGACGAAGGCUAUAAUAAAGGAGAGUCGAAAGCCGAGGAACAAACUACCAAAGCAACUUCAAGUGACACUGUUGUAACGUCUAUUGAUACGGAAAUAACAAACGGCCUAAUGAGUGAUGGUCCACAAAUGAAAAAAAUGAAAACGUGAUAUUGCUUUUCAUUUUCAGGGAACAAGUUGUUAUCCUGUUUUGUGAAAUAACUUUUAACUCUUCCAUAUAAAAUUGAAUUUCCCAAUGUAUAUGUGGAUAUAUAUUAAAUUUUAUUAGUAA